AAAAAAAAACAGGUUUAGUUUUCUCCAACCUCUACAGAAUUUCCCUGCAGUUUCUAUCCGUCUCUGGAAAUGCAACACCAUCUCUUUCCUACCAUGUCUUGGUUCAUCAUAUUCCUAAUAAUAACCUUUGUCCAUGCUCCAGCAUCUGCCUUUGCCAAUGAUGAUGAGCGAUAUGUAAGCUGCAGCAACUCGUUUGAUUGUGGAGAUAUUAAGGAUGUUGGUUAUCCUUUCUGGGGAUCCAAUAGGCCUGACUACUGUGGCUAUCCGGAGUUGAAGCUCGACUGCAGUGACCAAGAUCCGGAGAUCACAAUCGAGAAAUUGACUUACAAAGUUCUUGGCAUCGAUAACCAGACACGGAUUCUCAGUGUUGCUCGAAAAGAUUAUGCAGAAAACAUCUGUCCAUCACUCAUUCUCAACACCACUUGGAUACCCAAUCUAUUGAACUACACAUCCGAUGAUCACAACAUAACAAUCUAUUAUGGUUGCCCCACUCAAGGUGCACCAACUUCAAUGGUUUUACCUCAGUUUCCCUGCGAAAUAAACGCCACUCAGAUGACGGGCUACUUUACAGCAUUUGCCAACUUUUCGGUUCUUGGAAGCUCUGCUUCUAGCUUGAUCAGUUACCUGGCAACGUGCAAAGAUAGCAUUGAAGUUCCAGUACGUGAAUCAGCUUUUGAGCAAAUUUUAAGUACUCCAACUGCAGCACAGCUGCUGGGAAGUCUAAAUCAAGGUUUUGGUUUGAAGUGGAAUGCAUCUAAUAGCUUCUGUCACACGUGCCAAUCUUCUGGCGGUAAGUGUGGGUACAACCAGGCCGCUACAGCAUUUACUUGUUAUUGCAAGGAUCAACCUCAACAAUUUUCUUGCCAACAAUCUCCAACUAAUGAUCAAUCCUCAAGAUCUUCUAUGAGAGGUAGGCGAAUACAGAUUGCUGCAGGCACAUCAGUAGCUGUGGCAGCGAUAUUAACUUUAUCUGUAAUAACAAUAUAUCUCACUAGAAGAGAAGGUUCCUUUAGUGCUGUCAUAGCAAUGACCUUCAGGCUGAAGAAAUCGCAGCAUGUUGGCAGGGUUAAAACAUUUAUGAUGGACUAUCAUUCUCUUACUCCAAAGCGUUAUUCUUAUUCAGAUAUCAAGAAAAUGACCAACUCAUUCGUCUAUACACUAGGCCAGGGAGGAUUUGGUAAUGUAUACAGAGGAAAGUUACCAGAUGACGGUCGUCUUGUGGCUGUAAAGGUCCUAAAAGAGUCUAAAGGUGAUGGAGAAGAGUUCAUGAAUGAAGUUGCAAGCAUCAGUAGAACUUCCCACGUGAAUGUAGUUACCCUUUUGGGCUUCUGCUACGAGAGGAAUAAAAGAGCUCUGAUUUAUGAAUUCAUGCCCAAUGGAUCUUUAGAUAGCUUCCUAUCUGAUAAAGGAUCCCCACAUACAAAAUGUCGUUUAGAAUGGAAACGAUUAUAUGAAAUUGCAGUUGGUAUUGCUAGAGGUCUGGAGUACUUGCAUAGAGGGUGUAACACUCGGAUUGUGCAUUUUGACAUAAAGCCCCACAACAUUCUUCUUGAUGAAGACUUUUGUCCAAAGAUCUCAGAUUUUGGUCUCGCGAAGCUAUGCCAGAGCAAAGUGAGUAAGAUUUCGAUGAUAGAUGCCAGAGGAACUGUUGGUUACAUAGCGCCUGAAGUAUUCUGCAGAAAUUUUGGAGGAGUAACUUACAAGUCUGAUGUGUAUAGUUAUGGAAUGAUGGUUCUUGAAAUGGUCGGACAAAGUAAAGAUUUUGAUAUGGGAUCGCUGGAAACCAACGAGAUGUAUUUCCCGGAUUGGUUUUAUACAUAUCUUGAACCAGAAAAGAUUUCAACACUUCAUGGAGUUACAACGGAAGAGGAAGAAGAGAUUGUUCAAAAGAUGAUUUUAGUGGGUUUGUGGUGCAUCCAAACCAUGCCGUCACAUAGACCAUCAAUGACAAAGGUUGUAGAGAUGUUUGAAGGCAGUCUUCAGUCUUUGCAAUUUCCACCGAGACCUUCCCUUUCCUCUCCAAGAAGGUCCGCUCAAGAUCACUCUUCCACUGUAUCAUCACUGCCUUGCGUGUCGUCCCAGGGGGGUGGGCUAAACACAUUGUCUGCAGAUGUAAGUGCCUUGUAACUGGAAAUUAGAAAUUUUAUUUAGCCUGAUAAAAAUAAAAAAAUAAACUUGUAUUUGUUCUUCAUCUAAGUGCUGCUCUUGGUUGAAUUAAUUUUGCUAUGAAAUAGCUCAUGCACGGGAGGAAACUCUCACAGUGCUGGUAAGAGACACUAUCUCUUACCUUCAUUUUUUGUCCAUGAUGUUAACAAAUUCUAGUAUGUACUUGAUGUUUAAUAUGUGGGAAGUGUAGAAUUGAUAUGUUCCUGCUUGCUUGUCAUUGUUUAUAAUUUCAAAGUUUAGACAA